AUGCACAAGCAGCAGCCACUGGUUGUCGCCACCGGCUCGACCUGCAUUGACUAUCUCGCACAUGUGGCCUCGUUUCCCGAGCCCGACGCCAAGAUGCGCACCACCAAACUCUUCACCUCACCAGGCGGAAAUGCGCUGCAGGGACUGGUGUGCUUGAGUCGGCUGGGCGUGGCGGGCCGGCUCAUCACUAAGCUGGGCAACGACGAGAUCGGCCGGCAGAUCCUCGAGACUCUCCGCAGGGAGCGCGCCAUCGACACCUCGCGCGUCUCCAUCAGCCCCGGCAACUCGCCGUUCAGUUACAUCAUCGUCGACGAGGUGACUCACACACGCACGAUCCUCCACACGCCCGCCGAGCUGCUCGCGCCCAACGAGAUCGAAUCCUCCUUCCUCGACGGCGGCAUCCGCCUGACGGAAAUGGCCAUCGAGCGCGGCAUCCCCGUGCUCACGGACUUUGAUGAGGAGCUAGACCAGGCCGAGAAGAUGAUCACCCUCACCGAUUACCUCGUCCUUAACAGCGACCACCUCCUCAAAAGAACCGCUGAGACGGAUCUGCUGGCGGCGAUGGCGAGCCUCCUGCGAGCUCUGCCGCGCGUGCGGUUCGUGAUCGCCACGCUUGGCAGCCAGGGCAGCCUCCUCAUGCGGCGGCCGCAUGCCCACGCCCCCAACGACGACGCCGACGCGGAGGCCACUACCAGACCCGAAAGCGACGAGGAGGAGGGCAAGGGCGAGGUCCGCAACAUGGACGAGCUGCUCACGCGCGUGCCCAAGUACGAGGACGUCGAGGUCAAGUGGCAGCGCAUGUGGGCCUUUGGCAACGCCGCGGCCGACGGCGAUGGCGACGGCGAGCUGGCGAGCGCGACGGAGGAGGAGCAGCGCGAGGCCGACUGCGCGCUGGGUCUGCUGGUGCACACUUUCUGCUAUCGGCCUGCUCGCGACACCGACCACCACGCCCAGGUGCACUACUGCCCGGCCUACCCCCUCAAUCCGGCCAGCAUCGUCGAUACCACAGGCGCGGGCGACGUGUUCGUGGGCGGCGUGUGCUACGGGCUGGUGCGCGGGCUGAGCCUGCCGCAGCUCCUGGCUCUGGCCUCGCUGGUGGCCGCGCGCAAGUGCCUCGGGUCGGGCCUCAACGGCAUCUCCGACCGAGGCUCGCUUCCCGCCCUGCUCCUCCGCACGCCGCGCGCUCACGACUGA